CUCGGCGGACACCGUUUGCCAGCCAAAGCCGCCUCCCCGCUCGUGGCAAUCGUAGAGUGCCCAAUUCUACCUUUUUCUUCCACGCUGGCCAUGGCGAGUCGAGGGGCUAGGCAGCGCCUUAAGGGAAGCGGGAGCAGUGGCGGAGACACAGGCUGGGCCGCGGACAAGCUGCGGGAGCUGCUGAGCAGCCGGGAGGCGGGCAGCGCGGAGCCCCGGACCGAGUUAUCUGGGAACAAAGCAGGACAAGUUUGGGCACCUGAAGGAUCUACUGCUUUCAAAUGUUUGCUCUCAGCAAGGUUAUGUGCUGCUCUCCUGAGCAACAUCUCUGACUGUGAUGAAACAUUCAACUACUGGGAACCAACACACUACCUCAUCUAUGGGAAGGGGUUUCAGACUUGGGAGUAUUCUCCAGUUUAUGCCAUUCGCUCCUAUGCUUAUUUGUUGCUUCAUGCCUGGCCAGCUGCAUUUCAUGCAAGAAUUCUACAAACUAAUAAGAUUCUUGUCUUUUACUUUUUACGAUGUCUUCUGGCUUUUGUGAGCUGUAUCUGUGAACUUUACUUUUACAAGGCUGUGUGCAAAAAGUUUGGACUGCAUGUAAGUCGCAUGAUGCUAGCCUUCUUGGUUCUCAGCACUGGCAUGUUCUGCUCGUCUUCAGCAUUUCUUCCUAGUAGUUUCUGUAUGUAUACUACACUGAUAGCCAUGACUGGCUGGUAUAUGGACAAGACUUCCAUUGCUGUGCUUGGAGUAGCAGCUGGGGCUAUUGUAGGCUGGCCAUUCAGUGUGGCUCUUGGCUUACCUAUUGCCUUUGAUGUCCUGGUCGUGAAACGCUGGUGGAAGAGUUUCUUUCAUUGGUCGCUGGUGGCUCUAAUACUCUUUCUGGUGCCUGUGGUGCUCAUUGAUAGCUACUAUUAUGGGAAGUUGGUGAUUGCACCACUCAACAUUGUUUUGUAUAAUGUUUUUACUCCACAUGGACCUGAUCUUUAUGGUACAGAACCCUGGCAUUUCUAUUUAAUGAAUGGAUUUCUGAAUUUUAAUGUAGUCUUUGCCUUGGCUCUCCUGGUCUUACCACUGACUUCUCUCAUGGAACACCUACUGCAGAGAUUUCAUGUUCAGAAUUUAGGCCACCCAUAUUGGCUUACCUUGGCUCCAAUGUAUAUCUGGUUUAUAAUUUUCUUCAUCCAGCCCCACAAAGAAGAGAGAUUUCUUUUCCCUGUAUAUCCACUUAUAUGUCUCUGUGGCGCUGUGGCCCUGUCUGCACUUCAGAAAUGUUACCACUUCAUGUUUCAGCGAUACCGCCUAGAGCAUUAUACUGUGACUUCAAAUUGGCUGGCAUUAGGAAUACUGUUCCUAUUUGGACUCUUAUCCUUUUCUCGCUCUGUGGCACUGUUCAGAGGCUAUCAUGCACCCCUCGAUUUAUAUCCAGAAUUUUACCGAAUUGCUACAGACCCAACCAUUCAUACUGUCCCAGAAGGACGACCUAUUAAUGUCUGUGUAGGAAAAGAGUGGUAUCGAUUUCCUAGCAGCUUCCUCCUGCCUGAUAAUUGGCAACUUCAGUUCAUUCCAUCUGAGUUCAGGGGCCAGUUACCAAAACCUUUUGCGGAGGGACCACUGGCUACCCGGCUUGUUCCUACUGACAUGAAUGACCAGAACCUGGAGGAGCCGUCGAGAUAUAUCGACAUCAGUAAAUGCCAUUAUUUAGUGGAUUUGGACAUCAUGAGAGAAACACCCCAGGAGCCAAAAUAUGCAUCCAAUAGAGAAGAAUGGAUCAGCUUGGCCUACAGACCAUUCCUUGAUGCUUCCAGAUCUUCAAAGCUACUACGGGCAUUUUAUGUCCCCUUCCUGUCAGAACAGUAUACAGUGUAUGCAAACUACACCAUCCUCAAACCCCGGAAAACAAAGCACAGCAGGAAGAAAAGUGGAGACCGGAGAAGAACAGAAUCAACUCAUAGGAAGAACUGAACAUCUCUGAGCUGGAUGGCUGUAUCAGGCUGUUCCCCACACUCUGGCAUCUGAGAACUAACAAGCUUCUCUUGGGCCAUAUGGGCUUCUCCACCAAAGCUGUUUGGCAACUUCGAGCAGACCUUGUUGUUCAAGUCCUAGUGCUGAAAAUAAGCACAGCACAGUUUCCUGCCGACAUGUCCUUUUCAUCUCGAGCAAGACUAAGCUUCUCUGAAGUGCUUCACGGGACUAGGACCCUGUCCUGGAGAUAUCUCAGGAAAAAGGCAACUAUUUGAGGAACUGUGACCUCAUUUCAUUAUUUAGGAUGCCUCUUAUUUUCAUUUUACCUCCUUUACAACAAAUUGCAACUAUGAGGGUUGUUUUGUUUUUUUAAGUUUUAGCAUAUAAUUUCUUGAAUUCAGGACUUUCUUCUGUACAGGUUCUAGACAAGACUAUAACUGUACAGGACAUAGUUGGAGAAAAUUAAUUCUAUCAACUGGUAGAUUUGGAUAACAUCAUAUUUUUAAGUAAUGCAUUCUGUUGUCAUUUCUGAAGAGAUUGAGAACUUCUCUUUUUUAAACAACCCUAGUCAAAAAGACCAGUGUAGAUUUAUAGCACCUAUUUUUGAGUCUGUAUAUGGCAAAGCACAUCUUGCACGGGGCACUUCUUGUCUGGUAGGCAAUUGUAAGGAUCUAAUAUUUUGAUAAGUAUAUACUAUUACUUUACCCUUAAUGCAUUAUUUCAUAAACACUUUUGCAUGAAUCUCAUUUGAUGUUCUCCCACAACACGAGGUAGACAAAGCAAGUGGUUUUAUACCUAUUUUACAAAUUAAGAAACUGAGGCUACAAGGGGAGAUAAAAGCAUACAAAGUCACACAGCCAAUGACAGCACUAGGACUGGAACCUAGGUUGCCUAACUUCCUUUCUAAAUAUUACUUGAAAGAAUGGUGAGGUUGCCUGGAGACCUAAUUGAUAAUGUAACCUUAUAUUUUAACAAAGAAUUUUACCUGUAUUUCUUUUGAGUCCUUUGGAGCCUCCAGUCUUUCUGUCAGUUAGACUGUCAUCACAGCAGAGCUUCAGAGUGCAGCCUGGCUGGUGGCAGGAAAGCAGUGCUCAUGUUGGGAGUCACGCUUCUUUGUGGCCACACAGGAUCCAGUAUUCCGUUUCCGUAGUCCAUCUGGGGUCACAUAAUAGGUGCCUUAUUUCCCUAAGAGUAAAUAUGUCUAGUACCUGCAAAGAGGUUGAAUCUAUUUUUCAGAGUUUCCAUCUUUGGUUUUUCAGAGAAGGGCUUUUGAUAAGAACUGCCUGAGAGGAGAAAAGAAGUGAAAAGGGAAGAAAUGACUAGUCAGCAUAUAAAAAGCCUCCCAUCUGAGGGAAGAUCUGAGAUCCAGUAGAAGCACUGGUGUGGAAUGAUAAUAGCAGAGUGAAGAGAAACUGGUGUCCCACCUGCUGACUGAAAGUUCCUGGCAUUUCAUUCUCAAUACUUGAUUACUUUUUUCCUAAAUUUUGGCACAUUUGGUCUGACUACAGGAUACAGAGUUUUCAGUGAAAUGCCUUGCCACACCUACAUGGAUUGUGCACUUAUGUGUGUGCUUGUUUCACAGUGGCUAACGCCCUGGACUUUCUAUAAAGGUGAAUAAGAGCGUUCAGCAACAGAGGUCCAUGCUGAGUAGCUUUAUGUAAAUCAAAGUGGUACAGUGCUGAUCUAUUUUAUUAUCUUGCACGUGAAGAAAAAGCCUUCUGAGUAAGAACUUACUGUAAUGUAGCACAGAAGAAGGUCAUGAUUAGUCCAGAAAUUUCUUGGGAAUAUCAGUUCCUACCCCUUUUAAAACCUGAUUUUGGUUUUCUUUAGGGAGAGCACAAUAAAGUGCAGACACUAUGCCAAUGCUACAGGUCAGGGGUAGAAAGUGGUUUUUGUUAUGGAGGCAUUUUUCACACAACACAUUUAUGAACACAUUAAAAAAUCUCCAUCUAAGCCCUGGCUGGUGUGGCUCAGUAGAUUGAGCAUGGGCCUAUGAACCAAAGGGUUGCGGGUUUGAUUCCCAGUCUGGGCACAUGUCUGGGUUAUGGACCAGAUCCCCAGGAGUGGGCAUGUGAGACACAACCACACAUUGAUGUUUCUGUCCCUCUCUUUCUUCCUCCUUUCCUCUCUCUAAAAAAUAAAUAAAUAAAAUAUAUUUUUAAAAAAUCUCCAUCUCAGCAAUACAGUGAGGUUAGCUUUGCCUGUGAAAAAAGAUUUUCAAAACACCUGGUCAAAGUAACAUUUUUCCUUUAGAGAAUCGUAGUUCCUCAUGAGCUGACUGCUCUGCCCAUUGUAAGGAUAAAGUGUCUGAGGUACUUAGUUCUCCAUAGAUUAUUGAAUAUCAAGGGAUGAAGGACUAUAGAUUAGUUGUUCUAACCUUUGAUUAUGUUAAGAGCAGGUGUACUUGGCAAUCCAGGACUCUGAUCUCUGAUUUCUCAAGCAGCCAUCUCUGAACACUGCAUCUUAUGACAGAGUCCCAUUACUGACCCAAACUGUGUAAUAGGCAUCUAGUAUCAGUUUGCCUGUCACCUGGUAGUUGUCACCUGAAAAGAAAGAAGACUGGCUACUUUAAUCUCUUGGGAUAGUCACGGAAAAUUGAAGCCCAUACUCGUUAUUACUAAAUUCAAGUUUAGGAACAGGUUGUUUUAAAUCAAGGGUGGUUCCUAAUCCCAACCAUUGAUCUGGGUCAUUUUCCUAGUUUUGAAUUCAGGGAAAGGCCCAUGAAAACCCCAUGUGGUUCUGCAGCAUUAGGUCUGGAGUGACCGUUUGGGCAAAGCAUCAGUGGCAAUCCAUUACGUUUUGCAGUUCAAGGGGUUUAUUCAGAUAAGAACUCACUGUGAUUGUGCUAUCUUCAGGCCAGUCUGAGGCAGCUCUGCUUUUAAUUUGGUUAAUUUUAUUUCCUCUCUAGAGGGAAAAGAGGCACAAUUUAAUCUUUGCCUCCACAGGCAUAUUAAAACUCAUGUGUUAAUUCAUUCUUAUGCGCCUACAUUAAGUUGAAUGCCUUCGUAAAUCGAUAAAUGGACAUGUGCUCAGCUUUAAUACUUUUUGCAAGAGAAGGAUCAGACUUCCUUAGGGCAUUGCUGGAUUUCAGAGGCUCUCUGGUGUUUCAAUAAAUCUAAAUGAAUGUUGCCUUCAAUUUUUCCAGUGUGCAUAACCACGUGUUUCAUGCUGCAAAUGAAAUCAUGAAGCAGUACAGCGCUGAAACAAGAGUAUUGUCCAAUAUAUUUGUCUAAUCUUUGUGCUUUAUUUCAUGUGUCAGUGUUUACAUUACAUACCUGUAUUUUCUGUGAAAGAAAAAAGUUAAAUAAAUCUUGGCAGUUUGAUUUUCCUUAA